AAGCUUCAACACCUCUAAGCUAAUUCAAGAUUACCUAAUUCAACGCCUAUCUUACCUAGGUAUUCUACCAUACCAUUGCGCCGCUGUUAUCCUUCAUACCAUACAGUAUACUCAACCAGUGUCUCUUUUCCCAACACGCGGGACCAUGCCGCCAAAACGCAAAGCCGCAACCACCGCAGCCGCCGCCGCGCCGAAAGAGAAACAGUCCAAACUAGCUAAAGAGCACAACAUCUCGGCGCGCGAGGAGCGCGAGAUCAAGGAGGCGUUUGCGCUGUUUGCGGAGCCGGCUGAGGGCGAGAAGGAGGGCGUCAUACCGAUUAAGGACGUACGGCGGGCCAUGGUCGCCCUAGGCCUUCCCCCCAGCAAACCCGAGCUCGCCGAAUUCCUCGAGAUCCUCGACCCGGACGACGAGGGGUACGCGUCGUACGAGCCGUUCGUAGCGCUCUGCGCGCUGAAGCUGCACGCGCGAGAACCCGGGCCCGCGGCGGAAGAAGUCGACGAGGCGUUUCGGUUGUUUACCGGGGGUGGGGGUGGGGGUGGGGGUACGGAUGAGGUGUUGACGCUGUCGCAUCUCCGCCGCGUCGCUAUGACGCUCAAGCAGGACGUCGAUGAUCAGUUGCUUAAGGACAUGAUUCUGGAGGCGAACGGGGGCGCGGGCGUGGGCAAGGGCGUGGGGAGGGCCGAGUUCGAGGAGGUUAUGAGACGCGCGGGGGCGUGGAAGUGAGGACGAUGGGGGGGGGGCGGGAUAUGUGAGGGCAUGCGUGUUUCGCGGGAUAGAAGGUGAGAUCAUAUUAAUGACACGGACGGGAGGAUGUAUAAAUGAAUGGGUGCGCGCUUACAAGCACGCUUCGUGGGGAUCCGAAGGGAUACGUGCACUCGUCACUUCUUCGGGCGUAAAUUGGGAAAUGGGCAUACAUUUACGAACUUACGAACUUACGAACUUGGCAGCGAGACGGUGAUAGAAUGUAAGAUAGGAGAGAGAAAGCAAAGGGGCCAAAAGUUCGUUAAUAAAGUUCAGCAUUGGAUUUCUAGGAAUUUGACGAAAAGGUUCAAGAGCCAUAGGUUCCCUCUAGAUAUGUCAUUAUAAAAGAGCAUUUCUACCAUUAAGUUACAAGUUACGCCUUCUGACACCUUGUUCUGGAUGACGGGUUGCUAUUUAUUUUAGCUUAUUAUACUUCUAAUGAGAUAAGUGACAUAUUAUAGAACUAUU